UCUCCGCCUCCGCCACACCCCCAAUCCCCAUCGACCUGCGCCAUCAGUCCCUCCCCCCUGCGCUCAUCGGCAGACGGCCAUCGCCACCCCCAGCAGGUAGCAGGCAGCAGUCCGCCACCGGAAACCAGCCAGGCGGCCACCGCCCACGGCUCUCCAACGGACCACCGCGAUUCCAGUCAGCAGCGAGCAGCUCUCCAUUCUCCGGUCAACAGGUGUUCUUCUCCAUUUCUUCUCUCUCCGCUUCUCCCCAACCGGCGAGCUUUGGCCGGAAACCACAACCAUCCAUCGGAGAACAAUUGACACUGAGUUGCGCUCCUUACGCUUAUCCCUCAAUUGCUUCUUCAGUUAUAUAGCUGGCGACUCUACCCCGAUUUAUGGCUACAAUCGCCAUUAACUCCGUCGCUGCCCGCAACAUCACCAAAAUCUCCGCCUCUGCCCGCCAUCAACUUUCCCUUCUACGCCUCUCUUACACCCCCUUCCAAUUACCUCCUCUUUCGUUGCAAUGCCGCUGGUCCUCUUCCUCUUCUCCUCCCAUCUCAGGUGUGAGAGCUCAGGUGGCUGCUACAGAGCAAGCAGGAACCAGUGCUACCGCGAAAGUUGAAACUCCAGUUGUCAUUGUGACUGGUGCUUCUCGUGGAAUUGGGAAGGCAAUUGCUUUGGCUUUGGGAAAGGCUGGUUGCAAGGUUUUGGUGAACUAUGCUAGAUCUUCCAAGGAGGCAGAAGAAGUUUCCAAAGAGAUUGAAGCAAGUGGUGGCCAAGCUUUUGCUUUUGGGUGUGAUGUUUCAAAAGAAGAUGACGUAGAGUCAAUGAUUAAGACUGUAAUUGAUCGAUGGGGAACAGUUGAUAUAUUGAUAAAUAAUGCUGGAAUCACCCGUGAUGGUUUGUUGAUGAGAAUGAAGAAGUCUCAAUGGCAGGAAGUUAUUGAUUUGAACCUGACUGGGGUUUUUCUCUGUACACAGGCGGCAGCUAAAAUUAUGAUUAAGAAGAAAAAGGGAAGAAUCAUUAACAUAGCUUCUGUUGUUGGCUUGGUUGGGAAUGCUGGCCAAGCCAAUUACAGUGCUGCAAAAGCAGGAGUCAUUGGCUUAACCAAGAGUGUAGCAAAAGAAUAUGCCAGCAGGAAUAUAACUGUUAAUGCUGUGGCUCCUGGAUUUAUUGCAUCUGAUAUGACAGCCAUGCUUGGUGAAGACAUUGAAAAGAAAAUUCUUGGCACUAUUCCCUUAGGACGAUAUGGUCAACCGGAAGAAGUGGCUGGGCUAGUGGAAUUUCUGGCAAUCAAUCCAGCAGCCAGUUAUAUUACUGGUCAGGUGUUCACUAUUGAUGGUGGGAUGGUAAUGUGAAUUUAUGCAGUGCAAGCAUUUUUCUGCAUUAAGCUUUGAAGUAGGAGAGUUUGGUAUGUGUAAUAUAGAUAGAGAUAACCUCGGAAGAAAGGGAAAUAGGUUUAAUGAGUCAGGUUGAUGUCGAAAUCUUCCCAAUGUUAUAGUGAUCUUAUGGUGUUUCUUUUUAGUUUAGUUCCUAGGCGAACACCGUAAUAAACUUCUCUGUUAUGUGCUCCGUCAUGGACUCAUGGGCAAGAAAACAAAGAAUAAUAGCCAACAUGAAAAGAAGAAAAUACUGGGUUUGUUGAGACCCAAAACUCCCUUAUAUCCUGUUUGGAAUUGAAUUUUUGUUUGUUCUAUUAUUCCAAAUAAUAUUUCAUUUUA